GCUCUCAUGUUUGACGAGUGCAUGCGGUCGGCAGUAUAAAAGCAUUUUGAGCUUUCUCAAAAAGCAUAACCAGCUCACAGUUCCUCUUGCAAGCAUCAGCAGCGAUCAUGGUUUCUCAACUGUUCUUUUUACUCAUCAGUGCUCUAGCACUAGGAGCCAAUGCAGGAGUUACGGAUAAAUUGGUUGGCGCAAAAAACGCCGACAUUGCUGAAUUCCCAUACCAAGUGUCCCUGCGUUUAGGAAGAAAACACUUUUGUGGAGGUGCACUGAUCACCAAGAAGCACGUACUGACAGCAGCUCACUGUGUCGCCGCCGUCAAGAGCACUGGCUUGAGCAGGUUGUCUGCCGUUGUCGGUACCAACAGUGUAUCCAGUGGUGGAUCGACAUACAGAAUCAAAGCUCUGUCUUCGCAUCCGAACUACGUCAGCAAGCCAAAUCCUGACUGGAUGUACGACAUCGGUGUGAUCACUCUUACUUCUGAAGUCAAACUGUCGAGUCGUGUGGCUUUAGUCAAGCUUCCCACGAAAGACGUCACUAUCGGUGACGAAGCUGUCGUCUCUGGAUGGGGAACCAUGCUCAGGCCAACCUCGCCUAUAUCGCAGAGCCUCCAAAAAUUAACUGUUAACGUUAUCAGCACUGAGCAAUGCAGAAAGGACAUGCCUUCCUGGGCAACAGUCCACUCAACCUACGUCUGCACAUUCGUCAAGAAAGGAGCUGGUGCUUGCUCUGGUGACAGUGGCGGCCCAUUGGUAGCCAACGACGAAAUCAUCGGUGUUGUGUCUGGAGGAAUUCCUUGUGCUGUUGGUUAUCCAGAUGUUUUCACGAACGUCUACAAGUACCUGAGUUACGUGAACAAGAUCAUCGAUCAAUAAAGACUGACUGAUGCUUGUUAAUACACCUGUAUUUAUUAUGCGAAGCGUUAAUAAAAAUAUUUAUUUAUUUAUUUUCUAAACUA